CUGAGUACAGGUCAUCAUUGAAAACACCCAGUAGUACAUGAAUGUGCAUGGUCUGAAGAUUAAAGGUGGAUUUUAUCUCAUUUGGCACUUGGUGGAAAGGAUAGGAAAUGUCCGGUGGAUGCUUGGGUAGUAAGGAUACGGUCACUGGAUCUGAUGGGGAUGUUCUGUAUGAAUAUAGAAGAGAUAAGAUGUUUGGUAAAAAGAAAAAACGUCCAACGAUAUCAGCACCGUCCAACUUUGAGCAUCGGGUGCACACGGGCUAUGACAACCAACAUAAGGAGUAUGUUGGUCUACCUCCGCAGUGGGCCAGCAUCAUCAAGCCAGCAUCCAGACCCGUCCCUGUCAUAGAUCCGUCACAUAUCACACCGACAGAAAUGGCUCCUUUGAAGACUGUCGUUCGAGGAGAGUCCCAUGGUCGCCUCAAUGGCUACCCUAACAACAACCAGGGUAUCUCCGUUGCGCGGUCAAACUCGUUACGUGGGGGCAGUCCACCUAUGUACAAACGGCGGGAGUUGAUGAACGAGAACAUGCCACCAACGUUACAUGAGAAUGAUCCUUACGGACAUCACUCACCACCUCAUUCACCACAGGAUCCAUACAAUAACUAUGAUCCAUACAACUCAUUAAGUCGAGGAGAUCAUAGCCGACAUGAGGAACCACAACGGCCGCCAUUACCUAGAGACUAUGGUCGUGAUCAGUAUGAUGCUGAUCGGCGAUCAAAUCAGGAUCCUUAUGGCCGUGGUGAUCCCUACCGUGACAGUCAUCGACCACAAGAUCGGGGAGAGCCGUACAGGGAUGGGUAUGGGACACAGGGUCGUGGACCACGUUCCCCGCAUUCACCACAUUCACCUACAGGUAAUGGAGAUCCGAGGGGGCCGUUUGGAGAUGCUCGGCCACAUGCGCGAGAACAACCACCACCGCCAUUGACACGGCCACCCUAUGGAUCAGAACGUGACCCAAUGGAUGGGUUUGGAACUAUAGAGAGGCAGCAAAGGAUGGACAGCAAUUCUCGUCCGCCGAUGCCGGAUCAGCGGUAUCCAGGCGGAACGUUAGAACGCCAUCCACAAAAUCGUGGCUAUAACACGAUAGAAAGAGACAUGCGUGGUAAACCACAACAUAUGGCUCCCAACGCACAUAACACCUUGCCUUCCAAACCCAAGUCCCCGAUGAGGGAUGACUAUGCAAAACAAAAUGGUGGAAAUGGGCAUCCAUACCCUCCGUACCCAGCCAAGCCGAAUGCAGCGCAGCAAUAUGAGCGGGGGUCACCUACUAGCCCCAAUGCACAUAUGGGCCCCCAUUCUCCAAAGACCCCAACAACCCCAGGAAAUAAGGCAAGGAGUCCAGGGCCCCAUCCUGAACAACAGAGACUCUCCCAUGAACAGUUCCGAGCGGCGCUACAGAUGGUCGUGAGUCCUGGCGACCCGAGGGAAUAUCUGGAGAACUUCAUCAAGAUUGGUGAAGGGUCGACAGGUAUCGUGUGCAUAGCCACGGAUAGGAAUACAGGGCGGCAAGUCGCAGUCAAAAAGAUGGAUUUGAGGAAGCAGCAGCGAAGAGAGUUACUGUUUAAUGAGGUUGUGAUUAUGAGAGACUACCACCACCCCAACAUUGUGGACAUGUACGAUAGUUUCCUGGUGAACGAUGAGCUCUGGGUUGUCAUGGAGUUCCUGGAGGGAGGAGCCCUCACGGAUAUCGUCACACAUGCAAAUCCUCGGUGUGAUGAGACCCAGAUAGCGACUGUGUGUAAAGCGUGUUUGAAGGCGUUGGCAUUCCUGCACAGUAACGGUGUGAUCCAUCGGGAUAUCAAAUCAGAUUCCAUUCUCCUGGCACAUGAUGGAAGGGUGAAGUUAUCCGACUUUGGUUUCUGUGCCCAAGUCUCACCUGACCUGCCAAAACGGAAAUCUCUUGUUGGUACGCCUUAUUGGAUGGCCCCUGAAGUUAUAUCUCGGUUACCAUACGGACCAGAGGUGGAUAUUUGGUCCCUCGGUAUCAUGGUGAUAGAAAUGAUUGACGGAGAACCACCGUUCUUUAACGAUCCACCCCUGCAGGCCAUGAGGAGAAUCCGAGAUAUGCCGCCUCCUAAACUUAAGAAUACUCACAAGGUUUCACCACGGCUGCAGGGCUUCAUUGAGAAGAUGUUAAUACGAGAUCCGUCGCAGAGAGCCACCGCAUUCGACUUACUACAGCAUCCAUUCUUACGCAAUGCAGGAUCUCCGAGCUGCCUCGUGCCACUCAUGCGAAGUUUCAGGCAUAGUCAGUGCUGAGGUGUUCUACCAUGGACAGUUGGUCCAGUGUUAUCAUACACACCACAUGGCAUCGUCCUGGGGUUGUCUGAAGCCAGGCCCAGCCCAUGCACCAUCUGAUCAUGCAAUAACGCGCAGUGAAUUGUUAAGCAGGGCGGGGGAAUUGGCGACUUUCGUUUUCUUCAGCGUAUUUUAUGAGAUAGGCACUGUAAUGCGAGAUAAACCAAAAUAGAAAACCUAAGUUCCUCAUUGCAUGUGUGGUUGUCACGGGAGGUGGUGUGUUGUAGACGUUGGACAUGAAAUUAGUGGUAUUUGUGGCUUGUUAUAGAGGCCAAGGCCACCGUGGGAAAGCGAGUACUUUCUUUAUGUCAUAUUCUUCAUGGUGUGCAGAAACCUUGAUUUUCAAAGAGUGUUAGGGCAACAGUGCCGAGACAUGUUGUUUCUAACACUGCUUGAAGAGCUGGGCUUUCUUCAGUAAGGCAGUCAUCACUUAGAUAAGCCAAGUUUGAUGUGUAGUCAAGGAGGUAGAGUUUAUAAGAUGUAAAUAGAUGAUAGUGUAAGAUUUGUGGUCAGAACGUAAUGGUCAAUAUUGAGUAGCUUCGAGUUUCUGAGUUCGAAGCAUUGAAAUGAACUUUAUAUUUAUACAGAAGAAGUGGGAAUGGUACGAUGUGCUAAUCUUAUAGGAUAGCAAAAAAGAGGAUGUCUUUGUGAUGAACCGUGUUGUUUGAGAUGACUGGAUAAGUGAACAUUUUAAGUUUUUAUCGAAGAUUUAUAGAUGGAUUCACAUGAAAUGAUGUCAUUUAUAUCUUUUCAGUUUGUUUCACUUCAAUAUUUAACCAAGCAUGCCUGGUGUUUUUAUGAAUUCCAUCCAUCUGAUUAUAAGUAAAGUUCGGUGUCAUAAGAUUGAAGACUCCAAAUGGUCUGAACAGUUUCAGUAUUCAUUUUGCUAAAUGUGAUUUUUAGCUCAUUCACUUCCAUCAGCAUAGCGGCUAGUGGUGUCUGUCCCCUUGUUCCAAGCUUUCAAAUCCCAAGAUGACCUGGUUGUGAAUGAGCUAAACAGGUAGGAUAAGCUGUAAAUUGCUAUGCAUAAGUAGAGUUAGCUAUGAUGCGUGUUACUGCUGGUGUAGAGGUCGUGUAGUGACGUCAUUCCGGCAUCCAUUUUGGACGUCAGUCGUGCCAUUGACGUGCUGCCAUCACCUACACAGUGUGUCAUGUGUGUGGGUGACUUUGUUGACAUCACCACAUUUCACUUGUGCCGUUUUGUCUCAUGUGGGUGAGUGAUGUUAAUAUGAGAUCCAGAAUGGUGUCUUGCUGUGAUGUCGUUAUCUGCACUGCCUGUAUAGAGCCUUAAUGAAAUACAUUACCUUUUUGUCCUCAACCUUUUGCAAUGCUUGAAUAAGCAAAACAUUUCUCUACCAAGGCGAUCAUGCUUAAAUCUUUUCCCUUUUCAUUAUUAUCUUUGGCCGGUAAUUUAACUUAUUCUGAAAACCUUUAGAAAACAGCUCAUGACAAUCAUGAACAUACAUGUAAUAUUUUGAAAUCUGCUUUGCUUGAUAGUUCUUGUUGGAUCAAUAUGAGUAUCUCUAUGCUUUCCCAUUCUUCAUGUCGUCUCGAGUCAAGUUUCCAUGUGUAUCACUCAUACACUCUCACUCACACAUUUACCCUGGUAUGUUAUUAAUAGAAAAAUUAAGCUUUUGUGAAUUGGAUUGAUUCUUCAGUUGAUAAACUACCAGCACAGAGUGUAAAUGGUUGUUACCUGCAUGCCAAAGAACAUGCAUGUCCCAGACCAAGUCUCCACACUCUGGCUUCUGUGAAAGUGUUUACAAAUAUGUAGAAACUCUUGACUUGACUGGGCUGUGGUGUACCAGUGAUGCUAUUUAUAGCAUAAUGAUAUUGUAAAUAAUCCGUCUGCACAUUUUUGAAUCCGACCAGUAGCUUGCUAACGUCCAGAAAGGAAGUUUUUUAGUACACUUUUUCACAAGUUAAUGACAAGAGGACAGUUUGUCACCUCUUGUACAUGUAUGUGACGUCCCGGAAUCUUAGCUUGAGAUAUAGUAUAGUUUUUAGACUUAUUUAGAAUAAAUCUGUCCUUGCUGUGGUUAUUAGGGCUUGUAUGCAUGGAAAUCAAUUUAUAACUUUGUUCCAUCCAAAUGUGGCAAUAUCUUAAAUGUUGACCUUAUAUGAAACGAAAUGGAAUGUGUCGUUGGCAGUGAGGAGAGAUUUUGGAAUUGCAUGUCAAAGGCUGGCAUUAUGUCCACCAUUUUAUCUUCUAAGAGUCAGAUAUGACCCAUAGAUGGCACUGGACUCAAAAAUGGUCAACUUCUCCUGUUCACUCGUGCUGCUAAUGUGAACUUCUUCCAAGUUUCUCAGUAGACAUGAUGAGAUUGAGUUUGGGAUGUUGUCACACACAAACUGACUUUGUAAUCCAUCCAUGCAUGUGUUUCUGAUGUGCUGCAACCAACACCAAUGAUUUGUAAAUAGUUUUUUUUCUAUAUGUAUUGUCUGUGAGAUGUCUGAUUAUCUCAUUCACCUCAUGUGUUGUGCUUUCUGAACCAUCAGAGUUAAUCGGUCCGUUACCUCCCCUCAUUGGUGUAACGGAGUCCGGGUCAGUGGAGUGGAUCCAAGGCCUCAGGGUCAAGAUGGUGUAGUGUAGCAUCAGUCAGAUUUGCGAGGGUGUUUUUUUUUGCUCGUUUAUAGUUCACCGAGAUAUUCAUUUGAUUUGGGGAAGUAGACCUGUUGAAAAACUAGUAGGUAACUUCAAGGUAACUUGAGGUAACUUUAUUUGUUGACCUUGUCAUGUGUGUAUGGUAUUUUAAAACAUUUAUCUGUGCAGAUUUUAUGACAUUAUUUUUUUAGAGGAGUGCUGAUAAAAAGAAUCCAACUUGAAAAUUCUAUGUUAGAACUUGAUGUUUUACACUCUGCAUGGAACAAGUGCCCGGUAGGUGUGAGAAAUUAGUACGACAUAUAUUUCCCAAAAAUUUUCCUUGACUGAGUCAAUCUGUAUGACUCUUGAAAGGGGAGGCUGAGGUCAUUGUCCAAGACUUGAGUAUAGGAACGAUUAGAUCCCUGCAGUUCCUCGAUCACUAUGGUUACAGUAUAUAUUUGAUAUAAAAUCAUUCUUGUGUAUUGGGAACGGAACUGUAGGUUUUGAUUGAAGGUCUGUGACUUCUAUUGGAAUAUAAACCAUGCUAAUAAUAACUAAUCAUUUAGAUCGUUUAUACUAAAUACAUCUAUUAUUAUAAUGAACUUUUUUGUACAGAAUGAAAAAGAUUUCAAUGGGGGACUUCAUUUCUAAGCAAAGACUUCCUUGCACCAAGCUCAAAGUUUAAUUGGACACAAAGAUGCAAAUAAAUUCAAAUCAUACUGGUCAUCUUUCUCUGCCUUGUCUUGAUUUUAUAGUUAAAAGUAAAUUUUUUGUUAAAAUUAGUAAAGUUUUCCUGCAAAAUUCUGUACCGUUUGAUCAGUUCCACCUAAGCCAACAUCAUAAUGAAAUAACUAUUCAAUAAAGUCCAUCCCGUUUAAUGUAAACAAACAUGUUUUGAUUAAAAAGGCUGUGUAAAUAGUUCAUCUCUCCUGGUUAGCUUUUGGUCAAAACCUGCAUUUAGCCAUGUUUUAUACUAGUAAUACAUAAUAAUACUUAACAAGACUAGGGACUUUGUGUGCCAGCACAUGGUGUAUUCAUUCAUACAUAAUCUUGCUGAAUAAAGCAUUUUAUUAUACGAGAUAAA